UCUAAACUAAAAUCUUGACGAACAAGUAAAAUGAACGGUGGCGAUUGAAUCGCAGAUCAAGAAACCCAGGUACUAAAAACCCGAAGGCGACGAUCUGUGAUUCCGACGGGAAUGAGAUUGAAAUUUUUGGCGGCUCUCGACGGAAUAGUAUAGAUUUAAUUCGAUCACUUUGAGGAAGAAGAAGAAGGUGACGAAGUGGAAGAAGAAGAUAGCUGUAGAGAGUAAUAAUGGUGUUGUGGGAGUUAGCUCUGGGAACAGCCUACUUCUUGGGGAUUAGGCGGACUUACCGGCUUGCAUUGAAGACCCAGCGUCGUAUUAUUAGCCCUAAUCAUCCCAGGAUUCGAGAUUUUAUGCAUCGGAGGACUCAUCAAAUCUUUGAUGUGGCUCUUAGGGUCCACAAGAACAUACAACAGAGAGACAUGGAAAUUGGUCGGAAUUUAGGAAACUGGAUUCUCCGUGGCCUUGACCGGAUGAAGCCAUCGGCUCAGGUGAUACUACCAAAACACAAAGAGCCAAGCAUAGACAAGGCGAAGAGAGUAUUGGAAUCAACCCGUUUCAAACCGCAUGUUAACACGCAGACUCCUCAGAACCGUGAGGUCGAUAGGCACUUGUUCAUGUCCUUGAGGAACUUUCGGUCUAAAUACCCCAUUGCUUCGAUGAUGAUGAUCAAGCCGCCAAGAACAACUGGAACUACCACUCAGUACAGGCCUUACACUGCUGGUGUAUCCAGUAUGAUUCAGCCGAUUUAUGCUAGGAACGGGUUCAACGGUGUCAUCAGGAAGGAUAUUUUGCAGUGGAUGGUGCAGAAGACAUGAAGCCGUCAAACUUCAUCAUAGGCCUUUCUGUUUCUCAUAUAAUAGCAUGCUCAGAAGGAAACACUUCUUAACUGUUUCACUUUAUAUGAGCUUUUUAAUAACCAGUUGAACGAUUGGAGAAUCUCCUGGAUAACUUAGACUUCUGACUAAUAUUACGUGACUAACCUGUCUUUCUGUUUUUCUUCAAAACCAAAACCAGUAAUGUCCUGUGAGUAAUCAUUAACAAAAAAGCAGGUUUAGUUU